AUCAAACUCUGGAUUACCGGGGCCCUUCCCCUGAGAACGAGAGGAUUAAUACCAAAAAAAAUAGUUGAGUUUGAUUUUUGUGAUUCGGAUAAACAACUAGAAUUCCUACCUGUAAAUUAUCUUUUUAUCUGUCAAAUAAAUAUGAGUUUGAUUCUGCAACUAACAUAUUUAAUGUGUAACUGUAUUAGCUAGCAAUAUUUCUUGCUAUUAUUGAUUAUAAGUGUAAAUAUGCUUGUAGAGUAGUCAUAGACUCUUGUACUUGUAGUCUUUACUUUAAUAGGAACCUCUUUUCUUACAUAUAGAAACAAAAGUUAAAUUAUGAAGUUAGUUCUAAUUUCUAACUACUUUUAAGUUUUAAUAGACUUUCAUGUCAUGCUAGUAAUAAUAAGAUACAUCCUUCGGACACUAUUAUACACAAAAGAUACUUUUUAGAUUCAUUCAAUAACUGAUGUAUCUGGUCUAUAUUAUAGAUCAGAGUCAGAUACAUCAGUUAUUCAAUGAAUCGUAAUAUCAUUGAAACAUUAAUUGCUAGAGAGUUGAAUCUGGUGAUUAUUUUAAAAUAUGGUGUUUGGUUUACUUUCUGAAAUACAUUGAAAUAUGCUUGUAUCUCAUUCCAUACAAUUUUAUAUGGAAAAAUUUGAUUCCUGAUGUGUGGAAGAGUGGUUACCAGUCACCACAACUUGAACUUAUCAACUCUUUCCAAAUUCAGACCCCACCACAACCACCACCCUUAAGCUAUUAUGACUAACUAGCUUAAAAUAAUUAUCAUAUAAAGACCCUUUUAGUUUAACUUUCAAGCUCAAUUAACAUCACAUAUAGUCAUAUAGAAGGUAGUUUCAGAAUUCAGUAUAUGUUGUUGGUACUUUGUACUCUAAUAUUAUCAUGUAAAUCUUUUUUGGUUUGAUCCAAAUAGAGUUUGGAUUUUUUCAAAUUAUAAACAUUACUUAUUUGUAUGGAAUAGUUAUGCCGUAUUCAUUUUGGCUACUCAAGUAACAAUAAUUGUCCUAUGAAAUCAGUGUACUUGAAUUUGUUUGUUUGAGAUCCAUGUUUUUCUUGACCUAAAUCAAUUAAUUUCAUCACGUGGAAUCGAGGAUGAUCAUAUAUUUGCUACCUGCAAUGCUUAAAAUCGAUAGAACAUUGGUCCACGGCAUUAACUGACUUAAAUUUCUCUGCUAAACCAUCUUUCUCAACCACAUGGUAAAGUACCUAUAAGAGAACAUUCUGCAACACAAGGAGAAAAUGGCCAUGGAUCAAUACAUGAACAACUCUGCAUCCCAAAUCGACUCCUUUGAAGAUAAACCGUCUUUGAAAACCUGGAAAACCUCCACAGAUGUGAUUUCAAAUUCUGACAGAAAUUCAUCUGGUGGUUUCGACUGCAAUAUCUGCCUGGAUUGUGUGCAAGAUCCGGUAGUAACUUUUUGCGGUCAUCUUUACUGUUGGCCUUGCAUUUACAAAUGGCUUCAAGUACAAAGUAGUAUCACUUCCGAAAACGAAGAGAUGCAGAAGCCACAAUGUCCGGUAUGCAAAUCAGAACUCUCUCAAUCUUCCUUAGUUCCAUUAUAUGGCCGUGGCCAAUCCACAACAACCUCCAAAGGCAAAACUCAAACUCAUCAAGUAGGUAUUGUUGUACCUCGAAGACCUACCGGUCCUAGAUCAUAUAAUGCUGCAACCGUUUCCCAACCUACUUAUCAAAGUUAUCAUCAUCCUCAACAAUUCAACUCAAUUCCUAACAGUUACCCCUCACCGAUGUUUAGUACAAGUGGUUCGGCACUAGACAAUACAUACGGAAUCUUCGGUGAAAUGAUUUAUGCAAGAGUGUUUGGUAACCAAGUGGAAAACAUGUAUACAUAUCCUAAUUCAUAUAGUUUUAUAGGGAAUAAUAAUCCAAGGGUUAGAAGACAUUUGAUGCAAGUUGAUAGAUCACUCAGCAGAAUAUGUUUUUUCCUCCUUUGUUGCUUAGUUUUGUGUCUUCUCUUAUUCUGAAUAAUAAUUGUACUUCAUUUUCAUCUUUAGUAAAUAGUACAUGUAUAGAUUUUAUUUAGUAUUCUGAUUCAGCUUGUGUAAUUACUAGUGUCAAUUUGAGCAUAUAUGAAA